GGAAUUCAGGCUGAGGAAGUCAGAACAGCUCUUAGCGAGCUCUCAGUGUGUGGACUUCUCCUCCAGGUUCUCCAAGUAUAGGAGGCCCAGCUGGGCAGUCAUGGAGUGGGACAAUGGCACGGUCCAGGCCCCAGGCUUGCCGCCCACUACCUGCGUCUACAGUGAGGACUUCAAACGGCUGCUACUGCCCCCCGUGUACUCAGUGGUGCUGGUGACGGGACUGCCACUGAACUUCUGCAUCAUCGUCCAGAUCUGUGCAUCCCGCCGGGCACUGACCCGCACGGCUGUGUACACCUUGAACCUUGCGCUGGCCGACCUGCUAUACGCAUGCUCCCUCCCCCUGCUCAUCUACAACUACGCCCAGGGGGACCACUGGCCCUUUGGCGACCUCGCCUGCCGCCUGGUGCGUUUCCUCUUCUAUGCCAACCUGCAUGGCAGCAUCCUCUUCCUCACCUGCAUCAGUUUCCAGCGCUACCUGGGCAUCUGCCACCCCCUGGCCCUCUGGCACAAGCGUGGGGGCCGCCGGGCUGCCUGGAUGGUGUGUGGUGCUGUGUGGCUGAUAGUGACAGCCCAGUGCCUGCCCACUGCUGUAUUUGCCGCCACAGGCAUCCAGCGGAACCGCACGGUCUGCUACGACCUGAGUCCACCCACCCUGGCCAUCCGCUACCUGCCCUAUGGCAUGGCCCUCACAGUCAUUGGCUUCCUACUGCCCUUCACAGCCUUGCUGGCAUGCUACUGUCGCCUGGCUCGCCGCCUGUGCCGCCAGGAUGGUCCAGCAGGGCCAGUGGCCCAGGAACGGCGUGGCAAGGCAGCCCGCAUGGCUGUGGUGGUGGCAGCUGUCUUUGUCAUUAGCUUCCUGCCCUUCCAUGUCACCAAGACAGCCUACUUGGCUGUGCGUUCCACUCCGGGCGUCACCUGCCCUGUGCUAGAGGCCUUUGCAGCUGCAUACAAAGGCACGCGGCCCUUUGCCAGUGCCAACAGUGUGCUAGACCCCAUCCUUUUCUACUUCACCCAACAGAAGUACCGCCGGCGGCCGCAUGAGCUCAUACAGAAACUCACAGCCAAGUGGCAGCGGAAGAAGGGUGGCUGA